GGAGCAGACUACAAGCGAUAAUGGCGACCAACGCAAUUUCGUCGUUAGCCGUAUAUGAUUCUUCUGAUUCAGAGGAAGAUCAAACUGAAGAUUCAGAAGCCAAAUUACAUUUGAAACCAAUAGAAAAGAGUCAUAGUACUGCUUUAUCAACAUUAUCAUCAGCACCUGAAGUAGCCUCAAAGUAUGACAUUGAGAACAGACUCCUUGUAGACAAAACAGUUACAGAAUUAACUUAUAAUCCGAAGACAGAAGACCUUUAUGCACCUGAUCUUGGUCCAGAAAAUCCAUUCAAAUCUGAACAUCGAAAAGCCUCAAAGAAUGCUUUCUCAGGUUUUGUAGAAAAAGAACAUGUCAGUGAUUUUCAUUUUGAAGCACAGCGAAGAACUUUUCAUCAAUUUGGUUAUGCAAAUGAUCCUACCAUUGGAUCUAAUCAAUUAAUUGGAGAUGCAGAAAAAGGGGAAAAAGAACAGAAGUUUAUCUUUGAUCCUGGCAAUACUGCUCGACCAGGUGACAAAAGGAAACGUGAAAGAAAUGACGAUCCUUCUGACAUAGAAGGUUUUAAAGGCCCCUGGGCCCCAUUUGCAGAUGAACAGAGGAUUGCAGUUCCUUCUGACGAAGACAAGAAAGCUAUUGAAGAAUAUAUGUCAAAAAAUAGUAGUAAAAUUAGAAAAGGUCAAGUUGAAACAGCUUCUGUUGAAGAAAAAACAACUCUUCAUAUUAAGGAUCCAUAUGAUUAUCAGGGAAGAUCUUUCCUUCAUCCACCUCAAGAUGUUGGUGUAAAUUUGAAAUCAACUGAGCCGCCUCUAAAGUGUUUCAUACCGAAACGUCUUAUUCACACGUGGACUGGUCAUUCAAAGGGAGUAUCAAAUAUAAAAUGGUUUCCAAGAUCAGCUCAUUUACUUUUAUCAACAUCUAUGGACUGUAAAGCCAAGCUAUGGGAAGUCUAUAAUGAACGACGUUGCGUUAGAACAUACGUCGGACAUAAACAAGCUGUUAAAGAUGCUUGUUUUACAAAUGACGGAAUGAAAUUUCUUACAGCAGGAUACGAUAGAUAUAUUAAGUUAUGGGAUACUGAAACAGGACAAUGUCCGUCCAAAUUUCUCAGCAGAAAAGUUCCCUUUUGUGUUAAAAUUCACCCCGACGCAGAUAAACAACAUUUUUUUGUCGUUGGUACAUCCGAUAAGAAAAUAAUUUGCUGGGAUAUGAGAUCUGGCGACGUUGUUCAAGAAUAUGAUAGGCAUUUGGGAUCCGUAAACUCAAUUACUUUUAUUGAUCAAAAUCGACGAUUUGUUUCGACGUCUGAUGAUAAAUCAGUUCGUGUUUGGGAAUGGAAUAUUCCAGUUGAUUUUAAGUAUAUUGCCGACCCUUCCUUGCAUUCUAUGCCUAGUGCAUCAUUAUCACCAAACGGUAAAUGGUUGGCUUGUCAAUCAAUGAACAAUCAAAUAUGUAUAUUUAAUGUUUUAAAUCGAAUGAAAUUGAUGAGAAAAAAAGUAUUUAAGGGUCAUAUGGUGGCCGGUUACGCUUGUAGCUGCGACUUCUCACCUGAGAUGACAUAUUUAAUAAGUGGUGAUGCAGAUGGCAAAGUUUUUGUUUGGGAUUGGAAAACGAGUAAACUUUAUAAACAAUGGAAAGCUCACGAUGAUGCCUGUAUUGCUGUUUUGUGGCACCCGCACGAGACGAGCAAAGUGGUCAGCGCUGGAUGGGACGGCGUUAUUAAAUAUUGGGACUAGAGUUUUAUUGUUAAAACUAGUAAAUACAUCCAUUUUUUUUAUUUAAGCUGAACAUUUUUGUGUUUGAUAUCGCAGUUUGGUAGAGCCUUUCGUAAUGAAUCAAAUGUUGAUUGAUAUCUGACUGAAGGUAGACCCUCUAGAACUAGACUUUUCAAUUCUGUUAGUUCUGUGAGACUUUUAAUACCUUCAUCAGUCACACCCAACAAAUUGACCAAUUCCAAAUUUUGAAGUGAAGAUUUCAAGCUAUCCAACUUACUCAAAGCAUUGUCUUCAACGUAUGGACAAGAAUUCAUAAGAAAACUUCUAAUAUGAUUACAGCCCUUAAGAUGAAUAAAUCCAACAUCCAUUAUUGAUGAAUCAAUUGCUUCUACCUCAAACAACAAAUUCUUUAUGGAUAUGGAAGGAAGUUGGUUAUAGUCUUCCAACCACGAAGUGUUGUUUGUCCAUUUAACUUUUGCUCCACAUCUUAAAAGCCAUUCAGCGCAUGCUCUAUCGGGUCCGACUUGCUCGAUUCUAUCCAUGUUGGGCCUAUAUUAUUUGAAAUAGAUUGUUAUGAAAUUGUGAUAUUAUUUAUAAAUGUAUACUUAUUCGGAAUCUGAGUCAACAUUCUUAAGAGAUUUCUUUUCUGAACUAGAAAAUGUCUUGCAGAGAGAGCACCAAAUUUCAUAGUAUUCAUAGUGGGAAUUUGUAGAGUUUAGAAUCUUCAACUAGAUUUACUGGUGCAACUAAUUUGUGAUAGAAGGGAUUUAGAAAUUUGAUUUCAUUCAAGAAACUUUAUACUGACAUAAGCAAAAUGUAGCCUUCACAUUGACGAAAUACAGACGUAUUGUAAUUCUCUGAAAAGCCAACAGAUGGCUAAAACUAAGGAAUAAGAAAUACUUAAUCAGUUUAUCAAUGGCAUUAUAUCAAUAGUUAAUUGAGUUAUUUUUUGAUAAUAGAAUGGCAAAGUAAUACUCUAAUUGUUAGGUUAAGAAUAACUGGAUGAAAUUGCUUACAACAUGCUUUUUUUAUUAUAUAUUAUGUUUUAUCAAUACAUUAUAUAGUAAUCGAUAUUCAUC